UGUGCGUUUGAGCCAAACGCGCCUGAACGAAGACAUUGGAUUCAGCAGUCUGGAGUCCUUUUGCACUGGUGAAACGAUGGACACCAUGAGGCGAGUGGUACGACAGAGCAAAUUUCGGCACGUGUUUGGCCAAGCCGUGAAAAAUGACCAGUGUUAUGACGACAUCCGGGUUUCCCGCGUCACCUGGGAUAGCUCUUUCUGUGCGGUCAACCCCAAGUUCGUGGCGCUCAUCGUCGAAGCCAGCGGCGGCGGAGCCUUCCUGGUGCUGCCCCUGCACAAGACAGGUAGAAUUGACAAGUCUUACCCAACGGUGUGCGGUCACACGGGACCGGUGCUGGACAUAGACUGGUGUCCUCACAACGAUCAAGUCAUUGCCAGCGGCUCCGAGGACUGCACGGUCAUGGUGUGGCAGAUUCCAGAGAAUGGCCUCACUCUCUCCUUGACGGAGCCCGUGGUGGUGUUAGAAGGCCAUUCGAAAAGAGUUGGCAUCGUGGCCUGGCAUCCGACCGCACGCAACGUGCUGCUCAGUGCAGGUUGCGAUAACGUAGUCAUCAUCUGGAACGUGGGGACGGGCGAACCCCUCAUCAACCUGGACGACAUGCACUCGGACAUGAUUUACAAUGUAAGCUGGAAUCGCAACGGCAGCCUGAUCUGCACAGCUUCCAAGGACAAAAAAGUCCGGGUCAUCGACCCCCGGAAACAAGAAAUCGUUGCUGAGAAAGAUAAGGCCCACGAGGGAGCGCGACCCAUGAGAGCCAUUUUCCUCUCCGACGGCAACAUCUUCACCACCGGCUUCAGCCGCAUGAGCGAGCGGCAGCUUGCCCUGUGGAAUCCAAAAAAUAUGGAAGAGCCCAUCGCCCUUCAUGAAAUGGACACCAGCAACGGGGUGCUGCUGCCCUUCUACGACCCAGACACCAAUAUCAUUUACUUGUGCGGCAAGGGUGACAGCAGCAUUCGCUACUUCGAGAUUACAGAUGAAUCCCCGUACGUCCACUACCUCAAUACCUUCAGCAGCAAAGAGCCGCAGCGAGGGAUGGGGUUCAUGCCAAAGAGGGGCCUUGAUGUGAACAAGUGUGAGAUUGCCAGGUUCUUCAAGCUCCACGAGCGGAAGUGUGAGCCCAUCAUCAUGACGGUCCCUCGAAAGUCGGACCUCUUCCAAGAUGACCUGUAUCCUGACACGGCUGGCCCGGAAGCGGCUCUGGAAGCAGAAGAGUGGUUCGAGGGGAAGAACGCUGAUCCGAUCCUCAUUUCCUUGAAACAUGGGUACAUUCCCGGCAAAAACAGGGACCUCAAGGUGGUUAAGAAGAACAUACUGGACAACAAACCUGCCGCCAACAAGAAGAGCGACCUCAUCACCGCCCCAAAGAAAGCAGUAGACACCUCAAACAUUCAAAAUGAAGCCAAAUUGGACGAGAUUUUGAAAGAGCUCAAAUCUAUAAAAGACACAAUCUCCAAUCAAGAUGAGCGCAUUUCCAAGCUAGAACAGCAGAUGGCGAAGAUUGCAAACUGAGCGCCGGCGGGAGAGAGCAAAGGGAGCAGAACUCAAGCUGUUAGCUGGGUGCAGGGCUGCGGGAGGGCUGGGGGAGGCACUGCCAUUCAAGAAGACAUUCCAUUUCCGAGGUUCGUCGAGCGGCACUGGGCAGCAUUGUGAUACGAACUUUACCAUCCUCCGAAAUUAAGGUCAACGAAAGCCGACGAUUAAAAGCCAAGCUUUUUAGCGAGA